UUUUGCGUCGUGUCGUGUCUCAUCGCGUCCGUCUCGUCUCGUUUCGUUGCGUCGUCGUGUCGUCGUCGUCGAGUCGUGGACCGGUCCGACGAGGUGGGUCGCCGGUUAAGCGCGAACGUUCCACGAGUUUAACAAGGAGAAGAGGGGAGCCGCGCGCAUGCUCAAGGGAACGAACUGAGGAGAGCAGAGAAGAAAAGAGAAGAGUGGUGGAGUGGUGGAAGGGAAGGGAAAGAGGGGGUGAGGCGAGCAGGGGUUAGAAACGGUGAAAAGAAUCGCUAGCGCGAUUCGCAAACGGACUCACUCUCUCGUGUAGCUGCGCGCGUCGAGUGAGCGAAAGAAGAAGAGGAUAGUAGUGGCGACGACGACGGCGACGGCGGUAACUGUGCGCCGGCGGCAGCGGUGGUAGUGGGGGAGGUGACAGUGGCAGUAGUGAGGAGUAGGAGAAGAGGAAGACAGAGAGCGUGCGCAGCGCACGACAGCGUCGGCGACGCGUGGUGGUAGGGGUGACGAAGGGAGCGGGGAUUGUUCGGAGGAAGCGACACCCGUAGCUCCGCUUUACCGCCGCAUUCUCGAGCGUUCGUCUCCGUUCGUCUCGUCGUCGUUGUCGGCGUGUAGUAGCACCAGCGGCAGAAGCAGAAGCACUAGGAGUACCACUACUACACCAGCAGAUCAGUAGGAGUAGUAGUAGUAGUAGUAGUGCCCAGUAUACAGAAGCACUAGGCAACAUAGCAAUCGGUGUGCGACGCGGUCUACGCACGUACUAUCCGCCCGCGCCCGCGCGCGCGCGCUCGCUCGCUCGCUCUGUUCGCAAACUCGUGUUAUAACCACGUAUUGCUACUCUCCGUUGGUCUGUGUUUUCAUUGUUCUCUCUUCCCUCCCCCCUCUUCGCACGUUCCUUUUGCUAUUUUUUUUGUUUGUUUUUUCUCUUUUUUCCCUAGUGGAAGAUCACUUUUUCUUCUGCUUCGCGAGCUCGUCAUCGUCAUCGUCAUCGUCAUCGUCGUCAUUAUCUCCUCUCUCUCUCUCUCUCUCUCUCUCUUAUUCCGCCAUUAAUUUUUGGCGGUUUGUGUUCGUGAAAGAGAGAUAGAAAAAAAAAAAAGAAACAACUUCCCCCACCCUGUCUUUACUGGUUUUGAUAGUAAUUUUUUUCUUACUUACUGUCGACAAUCGGGCAGUAUUCGUCGCGUUCUUCGUGCCACCGAUUCUCCACAACGGCUAGUGAUCCACGCUCGAAAGGAGAAGAGAACAAAGAGAGCAGCCAGGAGAAAAGGAAAGAGAAAAAGAGAGAGAGAGAGAGGAGAGAGAUCGAGCCGUUUGGAGUGGGAGGGAGAGAGAUCGAAGUGACGUUUCCGUGGGAGUUCCUUCUCGAACAGAGGUGGAAUCCUUUCGCGAGUGCGUAGUGUGCGCGUAAAGAGGGUUCUUCGUGUUCGCUGCUCCCUUCUAACGUAUAGAACGGGUCAUGCUCUAGAUACGGUUUUCUGUGAGUUACUUACUUAACGUGUUCAACAAGAAAAUUGUAUCCGACCAGAGUUCGUCGAAGACUAGAGGAAAACCUAGUAAGACUUAUAUUAUAACAGAAGGACAGAGAAACAGAGGAAGAGAGAGAUAAAGAGAGAAAGAAAGAAAGAAAUAAGGAAGGAAGGAAGGAAGGAGCGAGAGGAAGAGAGAGAUAAAGAAAAAAAGAGAAGAGAAGAGAAAAAGACGGAGGAGUGAAAAGGAAAGCGAAAAGUGGAUGUGAGUAGUGAUAGGAAAAAUAAAAGGAGGGAGAGGAGUGUGCUGUGUGCGUGUGUGUUGUCUGUCUCUCUCUCGCUCGCUCGCUUGCUCGGUUGCUCAUUGUGGCACGAGUUUUCGAUAUCGCUGGAUAUAUCGAAAAGUCGUCAAAAUGAUGGGAAAGAGAACGCAGUGUUACUUGUGCGACCUACCCAGAAUGCCCUGGGCAAUGAUCAUGGACUUUUCCGAGCCGGUAUGCCGUGGAUGCGUUAAUUACGAGGGAGCCGACAGAAUAGAUUUAGUAUUAGAAUCGGCAAAACAAUUGAAAAAGGCUCAUGGUUUCCAAGAUGCCAGGCCGUCCGCGUCUAAGGGUUAUAGAUCGGCCGGUCAUACGGAACACAAUGGUGGGCCGAAUUUGGACGUUCUAUCGAUACAGAACGCCGGUCAGACACACUCGAGGCAUCACAAUAUUGCCGCAAGUUACUCCCAGUUGCAUCACAGGAACUCUAUAACGGAAUUCAAUUCCGGUAAUACUAGACAACAAAUAUCAAGACAACACGAGGACGGUCAUGAUCUCGGUAAUGGAUUGAGAGGGAACAACGUUAGAAUUCCUAACGCCCACCUUGCCGCUGUCGCCCAUCACGUGAGCCUAGGUCAUAACAGAGGUAUGUCGCAAUUGAAGCGUGGCAUAUCGGCGAUAGAUGAGGACGAACACACGGAAAAAAGGUUAUCGUUGGAGGAUCAACAUCCGGUAAGGCCGCCUCUAACGAGGGGCGACUCUUUGCCCGCCGUCAGUUUGGCCGUUAGCUACGUUCACGAUAGAAACAAGGAGAAACACCCUGUUAGGGCGCCGAGCUUUGAAACCGCGACCACGUUCAAGGCCAAUGUUGCUUACGUUGGCUCGUCCAUUCCGUUGGCACCUGCAAACGUAGCAGCAAAUGGCGGAGGAUCUCCUCUUCGUCCUAGAACGAGUCCUCCGCCGCCACCUCCACCAACGCAAGAAAGUCCUAACGAUAAUCCACAAAAUAAUCAUCAUCAGGGAUCGACGAACGGACCUUCACCGAUGGCCGCCUUGAUGUCUGUUGCCGACAAUCUGACGUCUCCAGAACCCGUACCUCAGCCACCAAACAAUCCAAGUCCCACGAGCAGAAGCCCACCAACUACAGCUACCAACGUUCAACAACGUAGCGCUUCCAGAGGUUCUCAGCACAGUCCUAAUGGUUCAGUCAAUUUUCUCUCAGGAACGUCGGGCAGAAGAUCUAGCUGUUCCAGGCACGUAUCUUCGACGACGGUAACGACGUCGUCUGAAGGUGCAGUGGCACAAUCAGCAGGUGCCGAGCCUGUAUCAGCACCAACCUUAAAAUGCACUCUUUGUCAAGAACGUCUCGAAGACACGCACUUUGUUCAGUGUCCAAGCGUUCCCCAUCACAAAUUUUGUUUCCCUUGCAGUCGAGAUAGCAUAAAGAGACAGGGUGCUGGUUCUGAGGUUUACUGUCCGAGUGGAGAGAAGUGUCCGUUGGCAAACAGCCAAGUACCGUGGGCGUUUAUGCAAGGAGAGAUAGCAACCAUUCUUGGUGAAGAUACUACUGGUUCAGGGCUUAAGGUCAAGAAGGAAAGGGAAACUUAAAGAGAGUUUCGAGAAUUUUGACCGUGGCUCCAAUUUUUCGCCCUCCCAUUAAAAAGGAGGGUGUUAAUGGUGAAACCGUGAAGGUUCACCGAAUAGUUUUGGUAACGGUGUUUAAACGUUGGUUAAAUAUGCGAGCCAACAAAAAAACGACUAGAGCCAAAGACGCAUUGUCGAUGUUGUACGAAUUGGGUUCCCAUGAAAAGCAGCAUUACGUUGUUUGUCAGGGAAAGUGGACGAUUUGGCGUUUACAAUAUUGUUUAACUAUCUCUCUUUUUUUUUUUUUCUACCACUGUAUAAGGUAUUGUGAUCGAUCGAUCGUUCGUUCAUUCGUCCGUUCGUUCGUUCGUUCGUUCAUUAGGUUUGUUCGUUUGGUCUUUACAGAAAUUGGUCUUGAGAAGAAGUCUUUGGCAAAUUGUACGCUGGCGCCGGUUCUUUGCACACAUACAAAGAUACACAUACAAAUGAAACAUAUACAAAUACACAGACAUACACAUACAUACACAUACAUACACAUACAUAUACAUACAGAACGUGCAACGCAGACAUGUAUAUAUACGAAUAUUAUGGAGAUAACGAAUAUCGCGUUUCGGGCCAUAAGUAAAUUUUUUUAGUUAUAUCCCUUUUUCUCUUUCUCUCUCUCUCUCUCUCUCUCUCUCCUCUCUCUUUCUAUCUAUCUAUCUAUCUAUCUAUCUAUCUAUCUAUCUAUCUAUCUAUCUAUCUAUCUAUCUAUCUAUUUUUCUCUUUAUCUUUCUCUCUGUCUCUGUCUUUCUUCAUUCAAAAUCUACAAGAAUUUUGUGCCGUUUACCCAGCGCGAUGGGAGAAGGGGCGAGCUAAUUCCUGCUCAUAUAUAUUAUAUUUGUAUUUGUAUUUGUAUUUUGGCUGACAAUCGCCUUCCUUUUUAAUUGUCGUUUCCUGUAUUAAAUGCCUUUUUUAUUGUGUACGCGCUAAGAAGCGCGUACGAAAGGUAUACACAUAAAACACACAUACACGCAUACACGCAUACGAACACAUCCACAUACAGGAUGCGCAUGAGUAUUAUACAACUUUUUAUUAAGAAAACAAAAAAAUAAAAAAGAAAAAAAAAACAGAAAAAAAAACAGAAAAAACAAACGAAAAAAUCGUAUAAUUAUAUAUAUAUAUACAUUAUAUAUAUAUAUAUAUA